CUUGAACUCCACCGCCUGGAUGAACACGAAGGAUUCAGAAGCUUUUGUCCGAAAUGUUCCUGGGAUUAUACAUUGCUGCAGCACUUCUUACACCACAUGUGUGGGCGCAGGGCAGCAUGCCAGGCCUAGUGGUGGAGGCACGGAACAUCACAGUUGCAGCAGGGUCAAAAGUUGUCCUGCCUUGCCAUAACCAGAAAAUAGUCUGGAGGCAGGACAAUCUUCGGGACCGGCAGCGUGUGGUGCACUGGGACCUGAACCGAAACCGACCUGAUUAUACAGUAGAGCGAGUUCUUGACAUGUUCUCAGCAGGAAGGGAGCGUGUCUACAAUGCGUACAACAAGGGCCGGGUCACCAUCUCCAAAGAUGCCUUCAGCGACGGCAACUUCUCUCUUACCAUCCACAAUGUGGACAUGAAUGAUAAAGGCAUCUACUCCUGCAACCUUCAUCACCAUUACUGCAAGAUUGACCAGUCUAUUCAAAUCCAGCUUAACGUCACUAAGUCACAGCGAAAGGAGAGGCGUGUAUGGGAUGGAGAGAAGUCUGUGUUUGUGGUGCUGGAAGGCAGCAGCAUUGUCUUGCCCUGCAUAAACCGUCGCCCUCUAUGGAGAGAAGGUGCUAUAGAGGAGGGUCAGCAGCAGGUAGUGCACUGGGACUUUCAGGCUCCCGGGGUGAGACGUGAUCAAGCAGAACGUCUCAUUGAUUUUUAUGCUUCUGGAGAAAAACGGAAUAAUGGACCUCACUCCCUCCUUAGCAAGAUACACAUGUCAAACAAUGCAUUUAGCAUGGGUGAUUUCUCCCUAACCAUAAGUGACAUCCAGCCAUCUGAUAAAGGCCUGUACUCCUGCCAUCUGCACCACCACUACUGUGGCCUGCAGGAGAGACGCAUCUACCGGGUGAUUGUCGAGCCUCCUGUGUCUCCUGCAGCCUUACCUCCUGAGUUACUGACUACUCAGCCAUUUAAUUUUGAAACCACACAACAUCCAGGACCUGUCAUCAAUAACCCUGAUAAAAAUUUGGUGGAGGCUUCACGUGUAUUAAAUGUUAUUGUGCCUGAGAGCCAAACUCACCUACUGCACCAAGCAGGCUACAUCCUGGCUUUCUUUCUGCUGCUACUGCUCAUUCUAAUAGGAAUCAUAAUGACCACAAGACACUGCAAAAAUAAAGGGUUGGAGUAUGAUACACGCAGGAGUGUUCGAAGUCAAAUGACAGAAAUUGAAUUGCAACCCACUGAACUGAGACACUAUAAUCAGGAAGAUCUCCGACUUGACUACAAGAACAACAUAAUGAAAGAGAUGAACAACUACCAUGCUCCAAAAGAGAUUGAUCUUAACAGAGAAAUGGAGAAAUACUUGCAGAAGUGAGGGAUGGUGGGCUGCUGGCUGGUCCAGGGCUUGCUCCAUGGGAUUAAGGAAGACUGUGGACAUCAUCUACAAAAGUUUUUACUGUACUCUCAAUAAGACAAAAAGUGCUUGUUGUGGACUUUUAUUGGUGUAAAGAAAUGCAAUAACUGGUGCAAAACCUUUUUAGUCUGUUGUCCUUGAAGUAAAUGUGUUGUUGUUGUCAUUUGGUGGUCAGUAUAAAUGUUGUUUGCUGUAAAUCUAAUCUGUUCGUACAAGUACGUUGAAAUUGUAACAAACAAGGCAAAACAAGACGUAUGUCAAAUUAAUUUUAAAAAAAUAUAUAAUGAAGCUAUGUUAGUGUAACAAAGUAUUAUAAGUUUUAGAAUGCAGUUUUGUUGAAUCAGGUCCUGCUAACCUGAGCUUACCAGACAGUGCUUUCUACUAGAAAUGUGUCGACUACAUUUACUGAAACACAAUGCAUUCAAGCAUUCAGGACGUUUAGAAGAUAUUCAUGGUUCCAGGACAGUCAGCCUCAGCAGCCUAUUAUUAAUAUGGUAUUACGAAAAUGGUAUGGACAACUUAUGUUUCAUAAUAUACGGUGGUUUUCAGACCUUCUUGCCUGGAUGUCCAACUGGCCAUAUGGCCAACUUUGAAAAAGUUCAUGAUUUUGCCAAGUUUCUUUUAGUUUAAAACUUUAUGGCCACUGUUACCAUGGGAACACUAAUAGUCUUAGAUAUUGUUUUAUUUUCUUGCCUUGAUAUAUGCCUUGCCACAAUUUGAUAGCAGACAAAUCUAAAGACAGUUACUUAUGUUUAAUUGCUUGGUUUUCAUCCUGGCAGUGCAGUGUAAAUGUAAGGGCCUUUAAAGACCCAGGUACGUGCCAUUGCAAACUAUAAUUCCAGUAAUUUCAAUUCCAAUAAGUUCUAGACACAUUUCAAUCAGAAAGUAAAUAGUAUGCACCUGACCACAAUUUGGAGUACUACAGCAAAGUUUUUAUUUUAGUUUUUGAACUGUAGAUUGAGGGGUAAAAUGAACAAAUAUGUGCAUCCACAAUAAAGUGCACAAAAAUCAAGGGGUCUGAAUACUUUCCACUGUACACAAAAUGGUAUUUCUAAAAGAUUUUUUGGAAUUCUGUCUUUAUUUAGUCUGUUUUUAUACUCUUUGCUCACAGCAACCAGCAGUUUAUUUAUCUUUUUCCAUAUAAGCUAGAUGCACAGAAAUAAUUUGCGCUGCCUAAUGUAUAUUCUGUCUAAAAGGCCUAGCAAUGUGCUUUGCAUUGGCUGGGAAAAAAGUUAUGCGUAUCUUUUAUUGCAUACAUUUAUCUUGCCUAUUAUGAUUCACUUUUGCAAAAACAACGAUUUCCUGUGAUUACAGGACAGUGCCUGAUAAACAUGAUGGUGACUGACAAUGACUGUUAGUGACAAUGCAGUUUUAAGUAUUGCUUUUAGAGAAUGUUUGGCUGUGUAGAAGCAGAGCAUAUUCUACUGGUAUGAAUAAUUUCCUUUUUGUUUUCAAAAAGCGGCAUAUAGUCAAAUAAAGUAUAUUUUAAAAUA